CGAACGACGAACCCACUGCGAAAAUGCCCGAGGUAACGGACUUCGGACCGAGAAAAACGUUUUUUAUACUCGCGAUCGUGAUCGGCUGCUUCACCGUGCUGUGGCCGAAAAUUCUGCAACCUAUGUUCAUAGGAUUUGUCAUUCCACAUCACUCCACAUCGGACGUGUGCUGCGAAGUGAUAUUCGAAAGCGAUGUCACUGCAGUGGACAUCAUGCAAGAAAUGUGUCAAAACAUAUUGAGACAUCAUCCAGUUGAUCCACGCGUAAGAGACGCCUUAAAACUUAGCAAGCUGACCCCUCAAACCGCGAGUUUGUGUAGAGAAGAGGUUCUAGCUAGAUGCGGCAUAGACUUGUCGUCUUUUCUUGCCGAAAGAGAAAGUUUGGGAAAAACCUAUAAACAAGUGCUGGAGGAAAUAAGAUCAUUCAAUAGCUCCCUUUGCCUCAAAAUGAAUUUUGGUGUGCCAUUGUCGCAAUUAGGGAUACCUCAUCUUAUUAGAUAUCAUAUCUUGAUGCCACACAAUGCUAUACCACAAGAACGUCGUACUCCUCCUCAUGCAGGCGGAAUGCAUCCUGCGUUGAGAGAAAGGGGAAGGGCCAUACCAUCCUCUCAUAUUGUACCAAAGAUAAUCGACAGGCCACCGCCCGGCGAAUUUAUGCCACAAAUGCCAAAAAUGAGGCCACCUCUCGGUGGUACUGGUUAUGCUGUUCCACCCAAAGGUUCCACCAUCCUAUCCAGCAUGGGGAUUGUUAUGCCAAUGUAUACAAUAGGAAUAAUCGUGUUUUUCAUAUAUACCAUUAUUAGGAUUCUUAGAAAGAAUACCGAUAGCGAGAUUAUUUCGGAAUAUCCAGGAGCAGCUGCUGAAAAGGAAUUUCGGAGAAAGGUAUUCAGCCCAGAAGCUCUUGCUGUUGCAAUGACUGGAGGGCAUUCCAAAUUCCAUUCAAUCAACCCAUAUUAUCUAAGAGAAAAGUCACCGUACAAGACUGCUCCAACUAUUGACGAAUUAAACGAUCAAGCGGCAGGAGACAUAGAGAUAGAUCAACUGAGACAACGAUUGGUCGAGACGGAAGCAGCCAUGGAAAGAAUUGUUGUCCAGAUGGGCAACAUAUCACGUUCAGUAAAGCAUAACGCGAGCUCUCAGCCAGAAAUCAAGGAGGACACUGCAGACCAGGAAUCACAUAGUAAGGAAGAUGAAGAAUUAGAUAUAACAGAACAAUCUCCAACUGUUAAAGUCAUGGGUAUGGAAAUGACAGCUAGUUGUGAAAGUGGACAGAAAUGUAGCAGACCCACCACUCCCAUUAUUCCUACACCAAGUAACAUUGAAAGAGAAAAAACACCGCCAACACCUAUAUAUUUAGAGGGUGCACUUCCAUCGCAAUGUGAAUUACUAGUAACCGAUUCAGAAACUCAAGCUGAAAAGUCAGAGGACGAUGACGACGCUCCAGUUGUUCUCUCAGGCAAAAUGACUCUCUCUCUCAUCAGUCUCGACCAAAUUCCAGCUGAUUCAGGAGCUGAAAAUCCAGAUGGUAAGAAAAAAAGGAUUUUGGAUACCCAAGCGGAAAUUAGAGAUGUAAAAGAUAUAAAGACAAUAUUGCAAAAGGAGGAAGAUAAAAAAAAAAGAGAGAAGGAUAAAAAUGAAGAAAAAUUAGAGAAAGAGGAAACUGAAGAGGAAGUAGAGGAAGAGGAAACUGAAGAGGAAGUAGAGGAAGAGGAAAAUGAAGAAGAAGAAUUAGAGGAGGAGGAAAUUGAAGGACAAAAGGAACUAGAGAAAGAGGAAAAUAAAGAGGAAGUAGAAGAAGAAGAAUUAGAGGAAGAAGAAAAUGAAGAAGAGGAAGAGGAAGAGGAAGAGGAAGAAGAAGAGGAAGAUGUAGAGGAGGAAGAUGCAGAGGAGGAAGAUGCAGAGGAGGAAGAUGAAGAGGAGGAAGGUGAAGAGGAGGAAGAUGAAGAAGAGGAAGAAGAGGAGGAAGACGAAAACACGAAUAAUGAUAUUGGUUAUUGGAUUAAUAAAAAAACUUAGAAAACAUAAAAAAAAGAAAUAAAAGUAAAAGAAACCAGCUAAGAGUGAAAAGACUUUUAAAAGUAAUUCUGUUUGUUCAAAUGGAUCAGUGUUUACCAAUCUUUAAUAAGUCCCUUUAUUAUAAUGAAAAUAACUAUGAUUAUCUCAUAAUACAUAUGUAUAAGAAAGCUGGUUUAAUAUGAAGAUUCAUAAAUUGGUUAAGCACUGCCAAAUACCUAAAAUGUUAUUUAUAUUAUAUUUUCGGUUUUUUUUUUAAUCACUAUAUUUGACAUUUUAUAGAAUCGUAAAUUUAUUAAUCAUAGGGGCCAAAAGAAAGAGAGGCAGUGCUGUCUGUGCCACAAUGCAAUGAUGACAUAGAUACUUCGACCUAUAACCUAUUACAUUAUUACUUGUAGUUAGAAGAAAUUUACGAUAUCUGUUUUAAGAAUGCCCAGUAGAUAAAAAUAACAGAAAGAAUUACGAAUCUGCCCAAUUGUAGUAUAUAAUAUAUAUGUCAAAUUCGGCGAUUGGCAAGCACUGAUACUUUCAUAAAAGCCAAAAAUCUCUUUUUUUGUACGAUACAGAUAGAGUUCACU